GGUUACAUGGAGACAGAGAUUUCUUAUAAAUCUGUCUUCCUCUUUUCAUCAUAUUAGAGUUUGAUUCAAAGUUUCAUGCACGGUCCACAAAUUUUCUCUUAUCCUUUUGCCGCCAACUAGUUGGGAUUAUAUCAUUUUCAAGCUGAGAUUUCUUCUAACAUAGAGAGUUUUUAGAAGAUUUCUUUAGGAGCCAUGAGCAUGGAAUUAGAAGCAAAAGAAAAGAAAGAGAUUGAGGGAGAAGAUGUGGGAUUUCCAGCUGAUGAACAUGAGGGGUGGAAGAGAUUCCAGCCAUGGACAAAGCAGAUAACAGUGAGGGGAAUUCUGGUGAGCCUUAUGAUUGGAAGUAUGUACAGUGUGAUAGCCAUGAAGCUGAUCCUCACAACCGGGGUAGUUCCUAACCUAAACAUCUCUGCUGCUCUACUUGGCUUCUUAUUUAUCCGGACAUGGUUAAAGGUGCUCGAAAAGAGUGGUUUUGUGUCAAAGCCAUUCACUCGCCAAGAGAAUACCAUGAUACAAACUUGUGCAGUUGCAUGCUAUGGCAUUGCUAAUGGAGGUGGAUUUGGUUCUUAUAUUUUGGCAUUGAACAAGAAGACAUAUGAGUUGGCUGGGGUCAACAAUGAGGGGAACUCCCCAAAGAGUGUCAAGGAACCUGGACUUGGUUGGACGACUGGCUACCUCUAUUUAAUAUCCUUUGUUGGCCUUUUUGCCUUAAUUCCUUUGAGAAAGAUAAUGAUACUAGACCUCAAGUUAACUUAUCCAAGUGGCUUGGCAACUGCGGUUCUCAUUAAUGGUUUCCACAAUCAGAGUGAUAAGAUUGCCAAGAAACAAGUGCAGGGGUUCAUGAAAUAUUUUUCAAUCAGUUUCUUUUGGGGUUUCUUUAAGUGGUUCUUCAGUGGGACUGGGACUGGGAAAGUGCAAUGUGGAUUCGGACAAUUCCCCAUUUUUGGAUUGAAAGCAUGGAAGCAUACAUUCUACUCCGAUUUUAGUAUGACAUAUAUUGGAGCUGGGAUGAUUGUUUCCCACCUCGUAAAUUUGUCUUUGAUUCUUGGAGCUGUGCUUUCCCAUGGAUUAAUGUGGCCGCUUAUUAGUAGACAUAAAGGAGAUUGGUUCUCUGAGAGUUUGCAAGAAAGCGACAUGAAGAGCUUAUUUGGUUAUAAGGUUUUCUUAUCCAUUGCUUUAAUCCUAGGUGAUGGGCUUUACAAUUUCGCGAAGAUAUUGGCAUGCACAAUCAUCAAUAUUCAUGACAAAUUGAAGAAUAGGGACCUCGAAAUGGUUGUGGGUGGCCAAGAGAAGCCCAUUGAAGUUUUGAAACGGAACCAAAUUUUCAUCGGAGAGAACAUUCCCAUAUGGCUUGCAACCGUAGGAUACGCCCUCUUCGCCAUCAUCUGCACCCUCGCGAUCCCAUUCAUGUUCCCUCAACUAAAAUGGUACUAUGUAGUCUCAGCCUAUAUUAUUGCUCCAUCUCUAGCAUUCUGCAAUGCUUAUGGAGUUGGCCUCACGGAUAUAAACAUGUCCUAUAAUUAUGCGAAAGUUGCAAUCUUCGUCCUGGCCGCAAUGAGCGGAAAAGAAGACGGCAUAGUGGCUGCGCUCAUUGGGUGUGGUCUCAUCAAAUCUGUUGUUUCUGUCGCUAGCAUUCUGAUGCAAGAUUUCAAAACAGCCUAUUUGACUUGCACUUCCCCAAAAGCAAUGUUCUUGAGCCAAGUCAUUGGCACAACGUUAGGCUGUGUGACAGCUCCUCUAAGCUUCUUUCUAUUCUACAAGGCAUUUGAUGUGGGAAACCCAGAUGGAGAGUUCAAAGCUCCUUUUGCGUUGAUGUACAGAAACAUGGCUAUUCUAGGAGUUCAAGGUUUCUCUGCUCUUCCUAACCAUUGCCUACAAAUCUGCUACGGCUUUUUUGCCUUGGCAAUCGGAGUCAAUGUAGUGAGAGAUAUGUCUCCUCAGAAGGUCGGAAAAUAUAUGCCUCUUCCGAUGGUCAUGGCCAUGCCUUUUCUAGUUGGGGCAUACUUUGCAAUUGAUAUGUGUAUUGGGAGUUUGAUUGUGUUUGUGUCGCACAAGAUCAACUCCAAGAAGGCUGAGUUUAUGGUUUCUGCAAUUGCUUCUGGAUUAAUUUGUGGGGAAGGGCUCUGGACACUUCCUGCUGCUGUUCUAGCUUUGGCCAAAGUAAAUCCUCCCAUCUGCAUGAAAUUUUUGCCUUCCUAGGAACAAUUUCUCAGGGGACUUGGCUAAUAACAUUAUAUGGUGCGAGGUAAUCCUGACUGAGAUUGUUCAAUGCCAGGUUGCCAAAAAAAAAAAAAAAAAAGGAACAUCAACUAGAUGGAAGGGCAAAACAAACUGUAUCCGUUCUCAAUCAUCAAUAAGAAUGCACCUUGUAUUGUUGUCAGUUGUUCUGGUCGGGCUCAUCACCUAUCUAUAAACAAAACACAGCUUGGUUGGAAUCACUAUUGGACUAAACCAUCUUUACAUGCGUACUUUUAUAUUCCCUAGUCAGGUACACAUGGGUUGUUGCUCCACAGUUGUACAGAACCUCAUACUUCCGAAUGUAUAGAGAAUAAUAUAGGUUUUAUUUUUCUUUUU